AUGGUUAAAACAGCCAUGAUGACUGAUGUGCGCAAGGAUGAGAGUUCCGACGGAUCGAAUACGACCUCAAUUUCUCUCCCUAAAAGCACAUCCACGACACCUCACAUCUCUAUCUCUGAAAACACUUCGCUCCAAAUUACCUCUCCAAAACUCAACGGAAAAAAUUUUCUGCAAUGGUCUCGAUCGGCCCUCCUAGUUAUUCGUGGCCGCAGUCGACUCGGGUACAUCAAUGGCACGAUAGCAGAACCAGAUGAAGCUGACCCUUCUUUUUCCGUGUGGGAUGCACAAAACUCAAUGGUCAUGGCAUGGCUCAUUAACUCGAUGGAGGAGGACAUUAAAGAAUCCUUCAUCUUCUACUCAACAGCAAAGGAUCUUUGGAAUGCACUCACUAUGGCUUUUUCUGAUUUUGAUAACUCGGCUCAAUUGUUUGAAUUACACAAUAAGGCACGUUCCUUACGACAAGGUGAAUCCGACGUCACCCAAUACUACAGCUCAUUACGUAGGUUGUGGGCUGAACUUGAUUUAUGUCUCAAUCUCGAAUGGGAGAACUCGAAGGAUGCUGAACGCUUCCGCAAACACGUCGAGAAGGAACGAAUUUAUGAUUUUCUUGCAGGUCUUCGUCCGGAAUUAGAUGAUGUGCGUGGCCGCUUACUUGCCACAAAGCCAAUCCCAGCCAUUGACGAAAUCUUCGCAGAAGUUAGCUGGGAGUCAAGCCGUAAACGUGUGAUGAUGGGUGAUACACACACAAAACCUCUGUCCCUCUCACUGGAAUCAUCAGCUCUGGCGGCACGAGGUCCACCACCGUCGAAACAACCUAUUGCACAACUUGAACAGCUCUAUCGCCUCUUAACACUGCCGGUUGAGUCUACUCCUUCGUCAAGUUUUGUGGCACAACGAGGUAUUUCUAGUGCAGCUUUAACAAGGCAGCAGCAUUCCGAUCAGUGGAUCUUAGAUUCGGGUGCAACUGAUCAUAUGACCGCUUUUCAUGAUAUGUUUACCAUGUACUCACCCAACCCAAUUCAGACACAUGUCAAGCUUGCAGAUGGGUCAUCGGCCAUUAUUAAGGGCUUUGGUUCUGUUAUUCUUAGCCCAAACAUUACAUUGCACUCAGUGCUCYAUGUGCCUAAAUUAUGUUGCAAUCUAAUUUCUGUUCAGAAGUUGACUCAUGAUUUAAAGUGUCAAGCCCUGUUCACUGACUCUAAGUGUUUGUUUCAGGACUUGAUAACGGGAACGACGAUUGGCAGUGCUGAUGGCUUUGAAGGGCUCUACUACUUCAGAGGACCAAGUCUAAGAAAUAAACAAGUUCUCCAGGGUUGGACUGCUACUUACAGUAGUGAAGUAGUUCCAGAACCUUCUGUAGCUAACCCUAAUUCACAGUUGCAAGGCCUGGGUGAAAUCGUUGAUCGCAGAUGGGAGACAUGCUGGCUGGGCCGUGGGCCGAGCCCUUCGUGGCCUAGCGGGCUUCCUUCCGAUCGCGUCCUGUAG